UCAGAGGCUGCUCUGAGAUUGUCAGAACGGAACUGUAUAGAGAUUGUCACUAAGCUGGUUGCAGAAAAGCAGCUGGAAGUAGUGCACACACUCGAUGGCAAAGAGUAUGUCACUCCCGCACAGAUUACUAAGGAGAUCCGGGAUGAGCUUCACGUUUGUGGUGGUCGAGUAAACAUAGUCGACUUACAACAGGUAAUAAAUGUGGACCUUCUGCACAUUGAAAACAGAGCUAAUGACAUUGUUAAAUCUGAAAAAUCUGUUCAGCUUGUACUGGGACAGCUUAUAAAUGAGAGUUACCUGAAUCAGUUAGCAGAAGAAAUCAAUGAUAAGCUGCAGGAAACUGGCCAGGUGACAAUAUCAGAACUCUGCAAGGCAUAUGAUCUUCCAGGAGACUUCCUGAUACAGGCAUUAUCCAGGCGUUUGGGUAGAAUUAUUCAUGGACAGCUAGACCAGGAAAACCGUGGGGUGAUUUUUACAGAAGCCUUUGUGUCCCGACAUCGAGCGCGUGUUCGUGGGCUCUUCACCGCGAUUACUCGGCCUACACCUGUAAGUAGCUUGAUCACUCGGUAUGGAUUUCAAGAACAUUUACUUUACUCUUUGCUAGAAGAACUUGUCAACACUGGUCGGCUGAAAGGCACCGUGGUUGGUGGGAGGCAGGAUAAGGCUGUGUUUGUUCCAGACAUCUAUGCCAGAACACAGAGCAACUGGGUGGAUUCCUUUUUCAGGCAGAAUGGUUAUUUAGAGUUUGAUGCGUUGUACAGACUUGGCAUCCCUGAUCCAACAGCCUACAUUAAGAAAAGAUACAAGUCCACACAGCUCUUGUUUCUGAGAGCAGCUUGUGUUGGUCAAGCAAUGGUGGAUCAAGUUGAAGCCUCUGUGGAGGAAGCCAUCAGCUCUGGAACCUGGAUAGAUGUAGCAACUCUUCUGCCCAGCUCAUUGUCAGGAGAAGAUGCUGGGAUUUUGCUUCAGCAAGUGAUGAGAUCUUUAAACAAAAACUCUUCAGGUUUAGUCUUCAAUGACACCAUUGCAGUCAGUGAGAAGUUCCUAAGCAGCUGUGCUGACCUCUUUUCUGAUAUUAUGCACCAGAAGGCUGAAAAGGAAAUGAAAAACAACCCUGUUAAUUUAAUCACUGAAGAAGAUUUGAAACAGGCUUCUGGGUUGGAGAAUUCAUACGCUAAUAAAAAAGACAAAAAGGAUGAAAGAAGAAAGAAAGCAACAGAGGGCAGUGGAAGCGUGAGAGCAGGAGGUGGUGGCAAUGCCAGAGAGAUCAAGAGUAAGAAAACCAAGAAGAAAGGAAGAAGGGAUGCUGACAGUGAUGAAGAGUCACAAGGGACUGCCACAGGUAGGAAUAAGCAGCUGGAGUUCCCUUUCAUGUCAAAAGAGGAAAUUGAGGAUGUUUUAAGGACCCGCAUGCAGGAUUGCCCUGAAGAGCUUGUUACAGAGAUUGCUGAACAUCUGAUAAGGUAA